CAGCGGUUGUAGAAAAGUGUCAUGUAUCAUUCCUAUGUUUCGCAUGGAUGACUGACCCUGCAGAGUGAAAUCGCUGAGCGAACAACACAAACACGAACACCUCCUGCCUGCCUGCACCGACACACAAACACACACACACACACACAAACACACACACACCGACACCAAUCUACAUCUACCCACGCGCCAUGACGGCACCCCGACGAGAGUCGCUCCACGAUGAGCUGCAAGCUAUUGAGUCUUUGAUUCGAUCAGAGGAAGAAGCGGUAUUGCAAGAACUGCACAGUGACCAGGAUCAAAUGCAACGGCUUCAGGAGCUGCGCUCUCGAACACAGCAGAUCUUUGAGCAGUAUGACAGCAGCAAGGCCACGCUCGAUCAAAUGGAGAAGGACUUGUCUGCAUUCAAAGCACAAGCAGACCUUUCAGACAACGACAAAGCGACAUGUGCAGGCCUGUUAUCAACAGUGCGAAGCCGUCAAACCAAGAUUGAGCGCAAUCAGCCCGCACGGACACAGAUUAUGCGAGAGUUGGACAUGGCAGUUGAGCUUACCCAGUCGUUGGCAGCGCUUGGAUCGCACCGCGACUACACCAUCAUGCACGCCAUCAAGGGCCUCGCAAACACCAAGGCUUUGCGUGCAGGCGGACAGGAACCAAAGGCAGAGGUGUUUGACAAGCUGCGUGCGGUGACGUCGGAAACGCAAUCGCUGAGCGUUUCGCACACGAACCUGCGCGUGCGCCAGGGCCACUGCCUUCGCGUGGCCACCCGUCUCAUUGGCGAUGUUGAGUCUGUUGACGUCGACGACCUCAGACCGCGCGUGAACGAGCUCAUCUCCAGCAGAGGCACCGCAACCAGCAGCACGUCUAGCGCAGAAGCACACACAUGAGGAACUGCGUGUUAUGUGUGUGCGUGUAUGCAUGUUAAGUCAGUAUGUAUGUUAAGUUUGUCCAUCUGUCUGUGUCUGUGUGCCUCCCGUCUGCGUGUCCUUGUCGCCCUACUCUCUGUCUCCCUCCCUUGUUUCCCUGUGUGUCUGCGUGUCGUUUUUAUCAAGCCCCUGCCGGCCGGCUCGCGAAGUGAAAUCUGCGUGCACACAUGUCGAACCGUGUGUGCUUGUGCGUGCACACAUGUCGAACCGUUUGUGCUAAUGCGUUCAACACCAUCGCCACCACAACUGCAUUUGCACGUUACACCCUGAAUCGUAGCCACUCCCCGACCCCGAUCCCCCCGUUUGUGGCACGUCAAUCAUUGUUAUUCAUUGUUAUUCAUAGUUAACAAACAGCAAGCAAACCCAACAAGAGGAAGGAAUGUAACCACGAAUGAAAAUCGACAAG